AUGAAAUUAAGAUGGUAUGUUGUUUAUAUUACUAUUCUAUUGUAUCUGUUUUAUCAGAUAGAUAGUAUAAGUAGCCCACAAACAGCAGAAGAAGAAUUCUUAAAUGAACAACUUGAAAAUAAAGCUUCAAAUUUAGUACAUUAUUAUAGUAAAUACUCAGGAUUAGUUCCUAGGCAUGAAAGAACAUCUUCUUCAUGUUUAUAUGGUCUAGUAUAUGUUUACACAAGACAUUUAGUCUAUAGAAAAACAAAUUCCUUUGGACCUUUACGUUAUGGUCUUAAUAGCGAUGAUAUGCAUAUUACAUUAUAUAAUUUCGUAAACAAUAUCCGUUUUCAUAUACCAACUCAGAAAACCUAUUUACAAGAAAGGCAGAAAAAAGCUAGAAAACUACGACGUCGUUAUCUAUACUGGCUUUGGCAUAGAUGGCGUUAUUUAAUGACUGCAAAGGAAAGGAUGCCCAUACUUGUUCAAGAUAGUGAUCUAACUAUUUUACCUAUUGAUCCUUUAGAAAGAGUAUUUAGUUAUGCUAUUGAUAUUAUAGAAUUAUCAACUCCAUAUUAUUUAGAAUUAGUUUAUUGUAUGUAUCAGGGAAUUCGUCCUUAUAUUAAUGGUUUAUUAGCAAGCUACUCUCUUCAAGAUCUGAUUGGUGCUUCUUUAUAUUCAAUUGGUUCUAAUAGUAAAUUUAAAAUACACUACUGUAAUCAAGCUGUUAAUAUGUGGAGUGAUGAUCAAAUUGUUCCUCAUACUGAAUCUAUAUGCAAUAUUAUGAAUACAUGUUUGGAAAAGAAAGAAUUUAGGAAUAAAGUUAGUAUUAAACCUUUAGUAGAGACUUAUAUUCAAAAAAUUGAUAAUUUAUAUCAGAAAAAAAAACAUAUUGGUGCAGAUACAGCUAGAAAAUAUGUUACAAAUGCAUUUUUUUCAAUUGUACAAAUUUUUCAUCAUUUUCAAGCUCACAAAAGACCGGAUUAUAUAGAAAAAUUAUUUGUUAUUAUUAGAGCUGCAAGAUAUAUGAUAUAUGCAAAUGAAUUACUACUAAGAUCCGGUUUUAAAAAGAAACCAAUAUUUAAAUCUGCAUUUGUAUCUGAUUUGAUUCAAUAUACUGUAUAUCGUACAGAUCCUGUAUCUAUGAUGCGUUAUUGUAUAAAAUAUUCUCUUUUAGAAAGAUUUAAGUUACGUAAAAAGAUGGGAAUUGCAAUUGUUGAAGAAGCAUGUGCUCAUACACUUAGUUUUGGGUUUAUAGAUGAUACUGGAAAACUUCCUUCUAAAUUUACUAGAGCUCAAGCAAGGCAGAUUGUAAAUAAGCAUUUUAGUGAUUUACAAAAUACUCAUAGAAAUAAUUCUUCUGAUUUAAUCACAUUAAAACCGGAAACUCCUAGUACUUAUAUAGAUAAUGGAGGAUCAAUAGAUGAUAUUCGGCAGAAAAUUCGUGCUAUACAAGAAGAGAUUGUAGAAAAUCAAGAAGAUACAGAUGGUGAAUCAAUAAGUAUUGAUAUAAUAGACUUAGAUAAUAAUAAUGAAGAUAACUUAAAUAUAUGGGAUAAGGUAAUUAAUGAAGAAUUUAUAGAAUAA